CAAUCAGGAAGUGGUGACGCAGGUUAUGGGUUGGGUUUGAGGUUUUGGAAACUUUUUCUAAAAGUCGAUCUCCUCGCUCCGUCUUAUUUCUGAAGUGUGAGGCUGUGGUGAAGGCUGGUUGCGAGCAGAGGGAUGCCAGCCAAGAUGCAGCUCCUUAUCAGAUGUAACGGGAGGAUUUUCCUGGCUAUUUGUCUAAUCCUCUUUGUGGGAUACACAGCACAAGGUGCUCCGAUGCAGAGGGCGAGGUACAAGAGGGUGAGGUGCCGGCCCGACGCCUGGUCUGCUAACUGCAUCGAAGAGAAGGGGCCCUGGUUUUACAUGCCCUCUGGUGGGGCCAACAGGAUCCUUCCUCCCAAGGCAGACCCGUCCUUGAUGAAGAGAUACCAGGAGCUGGGCGAUAUAUUCCCUCUGUCAGAUGAGGAUUCUGGCUCCGGGUCCAACACCAUGGUGGAAGCAGAGCCAGCCUCUGGGUCGGGGCUUGGUGACAAUGACAGCUUCUCUGAGGCGAAGCUGCCUGUCUUCCUGGAGAGCCUGCGAGGCAGCGAGCUGAAGGAAAAGCUGUCGGAGGAGGAUUUGCUCCUGUAGGGCUGGAGACGUCCGCCUCACGUGCCGCUCCCUCGCCUCUUCCCCAGAGCCUCACCCGACAGCCACGAAGCGGUUUUAAACCAGCACCAAUAAAAACUCUGCCUUAAGAUCUUUACUGCUUUCAAUACUUACUAAAAGCAUUGUUGUUCAGUC